AUGCACUAUUAUCAAGGGUUUCAUGAUAUUAUUUCCGUUUUUGUGAUCGUAUUUACCGAUAUUAAAGUGUUAGAUGACGAUAACAUAAUAGUAGAAUUAGCUAUUGAUAAAGAUGUCUUGGUCGAAUUGGCAUAUAAUUUUUCUUUACUGCAUCUCCGGGAUUUCCUCAUGGAUAGUUUAGAUUUUACAGUUGAUCAACUAAGACUUAUACCGUUUAUAGUAAAAGUCUUGGAUCACGAUACAUAUAAAAAAUUGAAUUUUAAGAAUUGCGAGAUGACUUCAGCUAUAUCUUUCGUACUUACCCUAUUUUCACAUGAAGAUUUAAAUAUUGAAAUAGUAACUAGGAUAUUUGAAUUAGUGAUAGUUAAUAACUCUAUUGUUGUAGUUUUAUUCAUUUAUGCCUUGUUAAUAAUUGAACUGAAAGAUACGCUUAUUAAGACCUAUCAAGAAAGUUUAGAUGAAUUCAAUGAUCAUUCUUUGCUUCUGAAUAUGGUCAUUCAAAAGCAUAUUUUAAUAAAAAUCAAUUCUUUUGAUUGGGAGGAUAUUUUUACCAAAAUGGAUGCAAUUAUAAAAAAUUAUGAAAAAAUUAAACUUUGCGUUAAUGAAUUUAGUGUUUUGAAGACCUCUUCUAUGUUACACUCACAAAUAUCUUAUGAUCAAAAAGAAUUAGAAGAAUUAUUGGUUCAGGAAAGCAACUUGAAUAUCAAAAAUAAACACAUGUCCAAAAAUUCACAAAGUCUCAAAAUGUUUGUCGGAGCUGCUAAAACAUCACUCAUCCUUGCUGUAUUGGCUGUCAGUUUUAAAGUUGUAAUUGAUUAUUAUGAGUAUGCGUAG